AUGGAUACAAUUGGUAAUGAGGAUGGUUUUGUUCACGACAUUGCAGUUGGCAGUGUUUUUCGGUCUAAGGAUGAGUUACGAUUUAAACUGGCUGUUUUUGCUAUCACCAAGAAUUUUGAGUACAAGGUUAAAAAAUCUACCACGAAGUUAUUAUCUGUUGCAUGCACGGAAAAUGGGUGCAAAUGGGCCCUACGUGUAAGAAGAAUCAAAGGUUCGAAUACCUUUCUCAUCUCAACGUUUUCUGAGAAUCACAGUUGCGAACGAUCGACACUGGCACAUGAUCAUCGACAAGCUGGUAGUUGGGUAGUGGGUCAGUUGAUAAAGUCAAACUUUGAGGAGGUCAGCCGUCGUUACAGGCCUAAAGAUAUUGUGAAUGAUAUGCAAAAGAAUUAUGGUGUCAAUGUCCGAUAUGAAAAGGCACGGCGAGCGAAAGAAGUCGCACUGGGCCUAUUGAUGGGAUCGCCUAGAGAGUCGUACUCUACUUUACAUAAGUAUGGAGAGGCUCUGAAGGCCGUGAAUGAAGGAACGGUUUUCCACAUGAAAUUAGAGGAUGACACAUUCUUCAAGUACGCAUUCAUGGCCUUAGGAUGCUCGAUUAGGGGUUUUGGAAGUUGCAUACGACCUAUACUUGUGGUUGAUGGAGCACAUUUGAAGGGGAAGUACAAAGGAGUAUUACUUACUGCAUCCUCAAUAGAUGGCAACAACCAAAUUUACCAUCUUGCAUUUGGUGUUGUCGAUAAGGCGCGUGAUGAUUCAUGGACUUGGUUUAUCGAGCGGGUUAAGAUUUGUAUAGGUGACAUAAAUGGUUUGGUUUUUAUAUCUGACCGGCAUCAAAGUAUCACGAACUCCGUGGCAACGGUGUUUCCUGAUGCAGCACACGUCACAUGUAUGCAUCAUUUAGCGAUGAAAUUGAAUGAGAAGUUUAGAAACGAGGGAAUGCAAAUAAUUUUCGCUAAAGCAGCAAAGGCGUUCAAGAUAUCAAAGUUUCGAUACUAUUGGGGCCAACUAGCCGGAUUCCCAGGAGUCCAGAAAUACUUGGAAGACAUCGGAUUCGACAAGUGGGCUCGUGCAUAUCAACCUGGAAUGAGGUAUAACCAAAUGACCUCGAAUCUUGCUGAGUCCAUGAAUGCGGUACUUGUUCAUGCUCGUACUUUGCCAAUAACAGCUAUAUUUGAAAAUUGUCGAGCUCUAUUACAACAAUGGUUUUAUGAGAGGCGGACGGCUGCCUAUAGUYGAGGAACAGUUCUUACUGAAUAUGCAGAAAUUAUUCUUAAAAAAGAGGCAGAACGAGCUCGAUAUCAUCAUGUUAGGCCAAUUGAUCGGUUCGAAUUCGAAGUGCAUGAUGGUACAUCCAAGGUAAGUGUCAACCUGAAUAGCAAGACCUGCACGUGUAAACAAUUUGACUAUUUCGAGAUUACAUGCUCUCAUGCCAUUGCUGGGGCGGUUUUUCGAAACAUUAGCGUGCAUUCAUUAUGUUCUGAUAGGUACCAAAUCGAAACUCUCAUACUUGGUUACGCCGAACCCGUGUACCCGCUCGGAGAUGAAGAAGAUUGGAUUUUACCGGAUGACUACGUGCCAAAGACGAUUAAGCCACCAAAAUUUGUUCCUCGUGUUGGACGUUGCCAAACUACUAGAAUACCAUCGGCCGGGGAAGUCCGAUAG